AUGUCGCCACUCCGCCUCCGCCUCCGCCUCCAUGCCCGCCACUCCUCCUCCACCUCGCCGCCCACUCGCUGCUGGGAGCCCGCCGCCGCCUUCGCCGCCGCCACGGAACGCGCACGCAAUGGCAAGCUCACCCCGGCAGACGCACACAACCUGUUCGACGAAUUGCUGCAGCAGGGCACGCCGGUCCAGGAGCGCCCCCUCAACAACCUUCUAGCCGCCCUCGCCCGCGCUCCGCCAUCCUGUGCCUGCAGCAACGGUCCAGCCCUCGCGGUUGCCCUCUUCAGCCGCAUGUCCCAAGGCGCCUGCCGACGGGUGGCGCGGCCCACGGCCUGCACAUAUAGCAUCCUCAUGGACUGCUGCUGCCGUGCGCACCGCCCGGGCCUGGCGCUCGCCUUCUUCGGCCACCUCCUCAAGAUGAGCCUCAAGGCAGAUGUCCGCGUCAUCAACAACCUCCUCAAGGGACUCUGCCACGCAAAGCGAGCAGAUGACGCUCUGGUGGUGCUGCUUCACAGGAUGCCCGAGCUUGGCUGCACCCCCAACGUGGUGACAUAUAACUUGGUCAUCCAUGGCUACUUUAAGGAAGGCCAAGUAGGCAAGGCGUGCAAUCUAUUCCAUGAAAUGGCACAGCAAGGGAUUGCGCCUGAUGUGGUGACAUAUAGCUUGGUUAUCGAUGGCUACUUUAAGGAAGGUCAAGUGGGCAAGGCGUGCAAUCUAUUCCAUGAAAUGGUACGGCAAGGGAUUGUGCCUGAUGUGGUGACAUAUAACUCAGUUAUCGAUGGCUACUUUAAGGAAGGCCAAGCAGGCAAGGCGUGCAAUCUAUUCCACGAAAUGACAAAGCAAGGGGUUGCGCCUAAUGUGGUGACAUAUAACUUUGUUAUUCAUGGCUACUUUAAAGAAGGCCAAGUAGGCAAGGCGUGCAAUCUAUUCCAUGAAAUGGCACAGCAAGGGGUUGUGCCUAAUGUGGUGACAUAUAACUUGGUUAUCGAUGGCUACUUUAAGGAAGGCCAAGUAGGCAAGGCAUGCAAUCUAUUCCACGAAAUGACAAAGCAAGGGGUUGCGCCUAAUGUGGUGACAUAUAACUUGGUUAUCAAUGCACUGUGCAAGGCCAAAGCAAUGGACAAGGCAGAGUAUUUCCUUCGUCAGAUGGUUGUUAAUGGUGUUGAGCCUGAUACUGUGACAUAUAAUAGCCUCAUCCAUGGAUAUUCCACUUCGGCCAACUGGAAGGAGGCACUUAGGGUGUUCAAAGAAAUGACAAGUCGGAGUGUUACAGCAGAUGUGUAUACUUACAAUGUCUUCAUGGCCUACCUUUGCAAGCAUGGGAGAAGCAAAGAAGCUGCAGGAUUUUUUGAUUCCAUGGCUAUGAAGGGCCUGAAACCUAAUAUCGUGUCAUACAAUACUCUGCUUCACGGGUACGCUGCUGAAGGAUGCUUAGUUGAUAUGAAUAAUCUCUUUAAUUCAAUGUCAAGAGAUGGUAUUCUACCUGACUGUCAUGUUUUUAACACACUGAUUAACGGAUACUCUAAAGCUGGCUUAAUGGAUGAGGCUAUGCUUAUACUUAAAGAAAUGCAGAAACAGGGAGUGACUCCAGAUGUAGUCAGCUAUGGAACCAUAAUACAUGCAUUUUGUAAAAUGGGGAUUUUGUACACAUGGCAAGUUGGUGAAAGCAAAGGAAUUAAUUGCUGAAAUGAAGAAUAAAGGUAUGCGUCCUCCUGGUCUUGCGUUCUUCACUUCAAUAAUGCACAACCUUUGCAACGAAGGAAGGGUAAUGGAAGCACAAGACAUCCUU